AUGGAGUCCACCACAUUCCUCAACGAUCUACCACCUCACAAGAGACUCAGACUCAUUCAACAACAACAACAGCAACAAGAAAACAGUGCUUCUUCUCCCUUACCAGCCAAAAAACGCAGAGAAUCACGAAACCCACCAUCACCCGUUCAUCCCUCUCCCACCAUUUACUCACUCCCCGCCAAAAAGAGAGUAUGCGCACUCCACCCCCAAAACGACGCCGUUCCCCCCUUCGACCUCAACGUCGAAUACAACCCAUCCCCCCACGAAAAAGCCCAGGCCCACUCCCCGGCCCAACAAGAAGAAAACACCGACGACGACGGGAUCUUAUGCUGCGUGUGCCAAAGCACCGACGGUGACCCUUCUGACCCAAUCGUCUUCUGCGACGGGUGCGACCUCAUGGUACACGCUUCCUGCUACGGUAACCCCUUGUCCAAGGGAAUCCCCGAGGGUGACUGGUUCUGCGAACGCUGUCGUUUCAUCCAGAGAGAGAAAAGUAAGGGUAAUACCAACAGCAAUGAUAAUAAUAACAACGUUGUUUGUUGUGCUCUGUGUCCGGUGAAGGAGGGUGCCAUGAAGCGCACGACGGACGCGCGUUGGGCGCACGUGGUAUGUGCGGUGUUGGUGCCGGAGGUGUUUUUCUGGGACCCGGAAGGGAGAGAGAGGAUAGAUUGCUCUAAGGUUCCUAAGAAGAGGUGGUUGGAGAAGUGCUACGUUUGUGGGUGUUGUGAUGGGUGUGCUUUGGUGUGCUCUGAGCCUAAGUGUGGUUUGGCUUUUCAUGCUACUUGUGGUCUUAAGGAGGAGCUUUGCAUUGAGUACAAGGUAGGGAAGAAUGGUGCUACCAUCGUUGCCGGUUUCUGCAAAACCCAUUCUCAACUGUGGGAAAAGCAACAGCAAUCUGGGAAGUACAAAAUUGUUGCCUCUGAAGAUAAAAAGUGUAGAAGUGGUAGUUAG